AUGGCAACAGAGGACAGGGAGAUGAUGGAAGCCCGGGGGGCAGGAGAAAGCUGCCCAACCUUCCCCAAGAUGGUGCCUGAUGACCCCAUGUCUGAAGGGAAGUCAAGGGCUUCUUUGGAGGCAGAGCCCCCGAAGCCCGACUCCUCCUACGACUACCUGGAGGAGAUGGAAGCUUGUGAGGACGGCGGCAGCCCAGGGCCGCCUAAGUCGCCGUCCUCCAAGGCCGGCCCCACCACCAAGGGCCAGGCGGGCGACGGACCCGAACUCGCAGAGCUGCCCCCGCCCCCGAGGACCCCGGGGACUGAGCGCAACAACGCCGAGACGGAGCUGGAGAAGGCGCGCAUGGAGUUCGAGCUCACGCGGCUCAAGUACCUGCACGAGGAGAACGAGCGCCAGCGGCAGCACGAGGAGGUGAUGGAGCAGCUGCAGCAGCAGGCGACGCCCCGCCUGUUCUCGGGACGCCUCCAGGACCUCCUGCUCCCCCAGAACCAGUUUGCCAUGUUCCUGUACUGCUUCAUCUUUAUCCACGUAAUCUACGUCGCCAAGGAGAUGAUCUUCUUUCUCUUCUCCAAGCACUACCUGUUCUGCAUCGCAGCCAUUUUGCUCUGUUUGAUUAAAACUUUAUGGUCUUACUUCCAAGGCACAAUCUACGGGCUGAAGAGGAGAGAGACUCUGGAGGCCCCCAUCCAGACACCAGAGCCGUAA